CGACGAGAUGGCGCUCACCAUGGUCGAGGCCGCCGUCUCGGACACGGUGCAUCGGGACGACUCCCGCGUUGAUGACGAGGAGGCGGAGGAAGGCGAGGUGAAAGGCAUCGACUUUAUUGACCUCUCAAGCGAUGAGGAGGAAGAGGAGAUGGCCGAGGGGGGCUCCGAGGAGGAAGAUGAGGAAGACACCGAGUCGCUGAGCCAGCGCAUCAAGCGAAUACGGGGAGAUAAGCCCGGGAAGUUGGAAUCAGGGAAGGUUGAUGUGCUGGGGCAGAGCAAUUCGGUUGGUACAUUGGGUAAUGAUCAGCAGAAAUCUUCGUCUGCAAGGAUAGAGGGGAUGGUGUCAACAUCUGGGAAGAUGGCCAGUAAGCCUGAAGAUUCAAAGGUGGCAGCUUUCCUGCAGGAGAGCCCAGUUGUGAAAACAGAGAAUUUUGAUGGGGGAAUGCCCAAGACAAUGCUGCUUCCUUCCCAAGGGCCUCUUGCCAGCAGCGCUAUACAAGAGGGUUCUUCCAAGAUUGACUAUUGUAAAGCUGGAAUUGGCGGCAAAGGACAAUCAUCUGAUGGUGCUCCAGCAAGGGGAGUUAGUCAGCUAUCGAAGGGGAUUGCGGAAACGAACAAGACACCAGCGGUUCAAUCAUCAGCCAAAUGCGGGAACAAGGAAGUUGGGGCUGAGAAAUGUGCAUCUCUGUCUAUACCAAGUGAGGGACCGAGGAUAACAAGGGAUGUAGUUCCAUUUGAACCUUGCAAGGAAAGCAAUGCCUAUGUCCAGGUGAAAAGGGAGAUGAGCUCCUUGCCUUCAGAAAUCACAAGUAAAUGGGACUCUGAAGCACCCGUGAUUAACUCAUUGUUCGACGAGGAGAUCUGUAUGCAAGGUUUCUGUGCUCUUUACCGCCAAGGAAAAUUAGCAACUGUGGAUAAACGAGAUGAAUUCAGGGCAAAUAAGUUGGCGGAAUUUCUUUUGGGUGGUGAUCUCCAAGGACCGAUGAAAAGAACUGUUGAGGAACUAAAGAAUCAAGAUGCUACAAAUGUGUAUUUUCUUCAGAAACUUACACUGGAUUGCUCUGAGCAGGUGUAUGGUAUCUUCAGGAACAAAGAAGAUCCAUACUUCUUUUGACAACAAGGAAACAUUAUGCAGAGAUGCAGAUGCCACAACUCUUUAUAUAGAAGGGUAUAUUUUGGUGUGAAUGUGCAGGUGGCACCGAAAACCAAGCAGUAUUGACCAUCAAUUAGCCGCCCACUAGGUCCUCCUAGUCCUGAAAACAUGUUUCGAACGUACAAUGGAGCAUUGACAUGCCUCUCAUGCUGAAGAAGCAUCUGAAGCGCAACUACAUUUUUUUUUUGUUAUGCUAAGAUUGGAAAUGUCGGUGCCUCGUAGUAUCUUCUGCAUGAAUGCAUGAUGUAGUCUGCCUCCCUUGCAGAGGGCCUCUAAGAAUCCUCUAAGUUGUGAAUGUUGGUAACUGAUG